AUGAACAAGAUAAGUUUAGAAAUCGGACAAACCAUUUUACUUGAGCUAGAGGAAGAAUGUUUGCUGGGUAAGGUAAUGCACGUUGCAUCCGAUCGGUCGUUUAUUCGAUUGGCUGAUGUACGUGAUAUGACCACAGAUAAAAACUACGGCGUUCAAACUUACUACAACUCGGAAGUGCGAAAUAUACAGGUUGCCUCUACCGAUGAUGAUACACCGAAGCCGACCACAAAACCAUCGGAAAAUGUUAUCAAAUCGAAGCUACUGACACUCGACAGCCUGAACAAUGCACUGGAACAGAUAAACAACUACGUAUUCAUUCAUCAAACGGAUGCAAAGUAUCACGAUUCGAUCCGAUACCUCAAGAAACAACGUCACCUCGGUAUAGCAAUGGAAUGCAUCGAAAAUGGGCGACAUUCGAACGGAUCGUCCUUGCUAACGAUUGCUACCUAUGAUUCAAUCUACAUUUUCGACAUCAAAUGGAUGAAGAUAACGGACGAUAUGCGCGAUCUACUUAGCAGUGAUCGGUACCGGCGCGUUCUUCACAAUAGCCGGCUGGUGAGCGAUGUUCUGCAGCACAAGUUCGGCAUACCGUUGGGAAAAUGUUUCGACGUUAUGGUAGCUCAUAUAGCCACCAGUAAAACGGUGGGACAUACAGUAGAAGACACACCAGUUUCCCUACAAACGUGUGUACGAAACUAUUUAAAUCUACCGGACAAAUUCUUCGAUGGCAAUGUGACCUUUAAUUUGCGACCGUUAAGCGAUAUGGCGAAGAAGGAAGCGGCCAAAAAUGCAGUAUUUUUACUACCGCUUCUGGAUCUAUUCGUACACGAAAUCAUGCUGGAACCGUUCUACAGUAGCUGCAUCAGCUACUCGCAUAGUUUGUCCCGUAAUUCGGAUUUCAUCAACAGUUUGGUUGACUUGCGGAACAAAGGUCCCGAAGCGAUUGAAGCGAUACAACCAGCAAAGCUUGGCAUUGAUGUGGAAUUAUUAAAUGUGCCGGAACAUGAGCUAACGAGUGACCCAAGCAAGCCUCUUUGUGAUUGAAGACAAGUGAAAUGGAAAAAAACCCCGAUGAAUAAAGCUGGCGCCACACAUAAUCUAGCACAACAAA